CUCAGCGACAGAGACACGCGCUGCACUUUAAUUCCACUGAUCUCCACAUCGGCUUGAGGAUGGAGCUCGACUCCUUGUGUGGAGCAUAUUUUUGCUCAGUGCACUGUGUUUGAUUAUAAGCAGCUAAGCAACAAUUUUCCCGGCUGGGAUUGUUUUUCAUGUUUGUUAAAGGAGCCACGUCGGCAAAGGGCAGUCAGUGCAUAGAACAAACCUCACAACCAGCGCAGCCACCAAUGAGAGCCACAUAGGACCUGGUCUUGACAAUUGGACAAAUCACAAGGGAUUUUGAGCACAAGUGUCUCCUAAAACAUGAGUGACAUCUACGAGUCUGCAGCCAAUUCUCUGGGCCUCUUCAACAGCCCCUGCCUGACCAAAGUGGAGCUGCGUGUAGCCUGCAAAGGCAUCUUAGACAGGGAUGCGCUCUCCAAGCCUGAUCCCUGCGUGGUCAUCAAAAUGCAGUCCCACGGCCAGUGGCUAGAGGUGGAUAGGACAGAGGUGAUUCGGAGCUGUAUAAACCCCACGUUCUCCAAAGUCUUCACCCUAGACUUCUAUUUUGAGGAGGUCCAGAGACUACGUUACGAGCUCUAUGACAUCAGCAGCAGUCAUAAUGGCAUGAGAGAGGCGGACUGCCUGGGAGCCAUGGAGUGCACACUCGGCCAAAUUCUCUCCCAGAGAAAAUUCUCCAAAGCCCUUCUUAAACAGGGCAACACAGUUGGGAAGUUGUCGAUUACGAUCACUGCCGAAGAGCUGACGGGAAAUAACGAUUAUGUCGAACUCUCAUUCAGUGCCAGAAAGCUGGAUGAUAAGGAUUUUUUCAGCAAAUCAGACCCGUUCUUAGAGAUCUACAGAGUAAAUGAUGACAACACCCUUCAGCUAGUGCACAGAACAGAGACCGUCAUGAAUAACCUCAACCCCGCUUGGAAGACCUUCAAAACGUCUCUGAACUCACUCUGUAGUGGAGACCAUGAAAGAAUACUGAAGUGUACAGUGUGGGACUGGGAUUCGAACGGAAAGCACGAUUUUAUUGGUGAAUUUCAAGCUACGUUCAAAGAGAUGCGGUCAGCGAUGGAUGGCAGACAGGUCCAGUGGGAAUGUAUAAACCCCAAAUAUAAAGCCAAGAAGAAGAAUUACAAGAACUCUGGGAUCGUCAUUCUGAAUCAAUGCAAGAUAAUUAAGAUGCAUUCCUUUCUGGACUACAUUAUGGGUGGUUGCCAAAUACAGUUUACAGUAGCUAUUGAUUUCACGGCUUCUAAUGGGGAUCCGAGGAACAGUUGUUCGUUACACUACAUCCACCCCUACCAGCCAAAUGAGUAUCUGAAAGCUUUAGUCGCAGUGGGGGAGAUUUGCCAAGACUAUGACAGUGACAAAAUGUUCCCCGCAUUUGGCUUUGGUGCUCGGAUACCUCCAGACUUCAAGGUUUCACAUGACUUUGCUGUAAACUUUAAUGAGGACAACCCUGAAUGUGCAGGUAUCCAGGGUGUGGUAGAGGCCUACCAGAACUGCCUUCCCAAGAUUCAGUUGUACGGUCCCACAAACAUUGCCCCUAUCAUCCAGAAAGUGGCCAACUUUGCCUCGGAGGAAAUGCACACCAAAGAGGCCAUGCAAUACUUCAUUCUGCUCAUCUUGACGGACGGUGUCAUCACAGAUAUGGCAGACACAAGAGAGGCCAUCGUCCACGCCUCUCACCUGCCUAUGUCUGUCAUAAUCGUUGGUGUAGGAAGUGCUGAUUUCACUGACAUGGAGAUGCUAGAUGGUGAUGACGGAAUCCUCCGUUCGCCUAAAGGAGAGCCAGUGCUGCGCGACAUUGUACAGUUUGUACCAUUCCGUAACUUCAAACAUGCUUCUCCCGCUGCUUUGGCGAAAAGUGUCUUAGCUGAGGUCCCGAACCAGGUGGUGGACUAUUACAACAGCAAGGGGAUCAAGCCAAAGUGCCCCAGCGAGUACGAGUCUUCCAGAACGUUUGGUCACUGAAGCGUUGAACCCAACACGAGCCAUUGCUCCUGAUGAAAACUAAUGCAGGGUCAGAUGCAUGAUUGUAUUUUGCAUGUUAAUAAUAAACCAGCCUUGUUUUUCUACUGGUUCCUUUGGAGCCUGGUGUAUUAUUUAAUGUGAAGCUACUCUUCUGACACCUGUCCACAAAUAAGACUUUAGAACUUGAAGUAUUUUUGGUAGAUUUAAGUGACAAUGUAACAGACUGUAUGGAAAUAAAGUUUGUGUUAUGAAUUAUUUUGUGUGGAAUUUGACAGAUGUUGAAACAAAGAAACCCGAAUACUGUAUAACAGAGAAUUUGAUGUUCUGUGGAACACACAAAAAAAGAUGCUCAGUGUUCAAGCUUCUUGUUUGUAUUUAAUAAAAACGUACAAACAUAAAAAACUGAAACUACUACACAAGUGGCAGGUAAUGGAAUCAACAACAGUAAUGCAUUAAUAACACUGCUGAAAAAGGCAUUUUGUAAGUUGGCCUAUAUUUUACAGAUGACACGCACUGUCUAGUGAGAGAACGUUUCCAUUUCUGACUUUGCACUGUUUCUUUAGUUUCAUAGAGCUGAGAACUGUAUUUUAACUUAGUAUUUUGCUAGACAUGCUCAUUAUAAUGGGGGACAAUUUUGAGUAAACGGAAAAUACAACAAUUGUCAUUAAAAUGUGUGUGUAUCCUCAAACUGUCAUGAUGCAUGGCAGCAGACUUGCCAUAAAUCUCGAACUGCUGCAUUCCCACACAUCUGUUAUGGGAUUUCACAGACUACAGCUUUCCCCUGGAGGACCAUCUACCGUUUCAUAGUGAAGCCUUUAUAAAUCAUACAUAUAAAUAAAGAUCUGUUGUACAAUACUGUAUAUUGCUACUGUAACAGGAUCUCAACAAUUAACCCUUCUAUUGAUCUUGAAUCAUCUUGCAAAGAAUAUGUUAUAGGAUUUGGUAAUGGAACAUCUAAACAAACACAAAAAAAAUAAUAAAUCAUUAAAUUUAAAAUAAAAAUGGGGAAAGAAUGGAUUGGAUGAUGGAUGUGCAAAGUGAGCCCAUAAUGACUACUAGAGAUUAAUUUGUGAAAUACAAUUGUUCUAAAAUUGUAGCUCUAAAAUUUACAAAGUUUGUUUAAUAAAAGCAAAGUAAUAGAUCAUUAUAAAAUACUUUGGAUGUUAUGAAAUGCCUGUAGUUAUUGAAAU